UGUUCAAGUGACGAGAGGAGGAGGAAGUGGGAUCUCUGACCCUCCGCCCCCCCAGCUGGUGGAGCACCCUGCACAUCUGACAGAGACCCCUAUAUUUACUGGGACAGGAUGCGGAGGUUUGCCUACUGUAAGGUGGUGCUGGCCACCUCUCUGGUGUGGGUGAUGCUUGACAUGUUCAUCCUGCUAUACUUCAGUGAGUGCAACAAGUGUGACGACAAGAAGGAGAGAGGACUGCCCGGUAGAGACGAUACUCUGGCAAGACCAAGAGACGGGCCCGGUGAAGGGGGCAAGCCUGUUGUGAUCCCUAAGGAGAGCCAGGAGAAGAUGAAGGAAAUGUUUAAGAUCAACCAGUUCAACCUCAUGGCCUCUGACAUGAUUGCACUCAAUCGUUCACUGCUUGACGUCCGUCUGGAAGGGUGCAAAAACAAGUUAUACCCCGAUAAUCUUCCUCGUACCAGCGUGGUGAUUGUAUUUCAUAAUGAGGCGUGGAGCACACUGCUGCGGACCGUCCACUCUGUCAUCGACCGCUCUCCACACACAUUGCUGGAGGAGAUUGUCCUGGUGGAUGAUGCUAGUGAGAGAGAUUUCCUCAAACGGCAGUUGGAGCAGUAUGUCAGAAGGCUUGAAGUCCCUGUCAGAGUGGUGAGGAUGGAGCAGCGGUCCGGUCUUAUCCGUGCUCGCCUCAAGGGAGCAUCCAUUUCCACUGGCCAGGUCAUAACCUUUCUGGAUGCUCAUUGUGAAUGUACCACAGGGUGGCUAGAGCCUUUGCUUGCCCGUAUCAAGCAAGACAAGAAAACAGUGGUGUGCCCCAUCAUCGAUGUGAUCAGCGACGAUACAUUUGAGUACAUGGCAGGAUCCGAUAUGACGUAUGGAGGCUUCAACUGGAAGCUAAACUUCCGCUGGUAUCCUGUACCCCAGAGAGAGAUGGACCGUCGCAAAGGAGACCGCACGCUGCCUGUCAGGACUCCCACCAUGGCAGGCGGCUUGUUCUCUAUAGACCGAGACUAUUUCCAGGAGAUCGGCACGUAUGACGCAGGCAUGGACAUCUGGGGUGGAGAGAACCUGGAAAUCUCUUUCAGAAUCUGGCAGUGCGGCGGGACUCUAGAAAUUGUCACAUGCUCUCAUGUGGGUCACGUGUUUAGAAAGGCGACGCCCUACACAUUUCCUGGUGGAACGGGACAGAUCAUCAACAAAAACAACCGCCGCCUGGCAGAAGUGUGGAUGGAUGAAUUUAAAAACUUCUUCUAUAUCAUCUCUCCCGGAGUGACCAAAGUGGACUAUGGUGACAUCACGUCUCGCACAGGCCUCAGACAAAAGCUUCAAUGUAAACCCUUCAGUUGGUACUUGGAGAACGUCUACCCAGACUCCCAGAUCCCCAGACACUAUUACUCCCUGGGAGAGAUCCGUAACGUGGAGACCAACCAGUGCCUGGACAACAUGGCCCGCAAGGAGAAUGAGAAGGUCGGCAUUUUCAACUGCCACGGCAUGGGAGGCAACCAGGUUUUCUCUUACACGGCCAAUAAGGAGAUCAGGACAGAUGACUUGUGUCUAGAUGUUUCCAAGCUAAAUGGACCUGUCAUGAUGCUCAAGUGCCACCACCUUAAAGGCAACCAGCUGUGGGAGCACGACCCUGUGAAGCUGACUCUAGUCCACGUCAACAGUAACCAGUGUCUGGACAAGGCCAGCGAGGAGGACAGCCAGGUGCCCAGCGUCAGAGACUGCACACACACACGCUCCCAACAGUGGCUGCUGCGCAAUGUCACACUACCAGAGGUCUUCUGACCACACUCUGCGCACUCACAUACAUACAUACACAAACACACACACACACACACACACACUCUCACACUCACACAGUGGCCCAGAGUAAGCGAUCUGGAAUGGACGUGUUUAUUAAAAUUGGGCAUCAGGAAAGGAAAGACUUCCCAUGAAGGGAUUUGGGAAAAGAGGAGGAUGGAUUGGAUGGUACUACCUCUGCCAGAGAUCAGAGGGAGGAGUGUGUUAGACCCUCCGUAGAGCAGGGAGAGAGGAAAGACUCCCUCUAGGAGACAAUGGCUGUUUUCUCACAUUUGGGGGGGGGGUUUUUGUUUGUUUGUUUUUUUUUUACAAGAGAUUUUAACAGCAGAGAGUGACUCUCCUGUGCGUGAACAUGAGACCGGCCGGUGAAGUCGAGGUUCUGCACUCACAGCUUCCCUGGACAUAGCAGUCCAACCCUCAACUCAUCACUUAAUGUCAACUGCCUCUUAUGAGAGAGUGUGUGCACUUAUUUGUGUGUGUAUAUGAAUGUGUGUGUAUGUUUUGAGAGGGGGGUGAAUUUCUG